AGAAGAUCAAUUUCGCUAAACUCUUGCUUUUCGUACAUGUUUACGUCUUAAACAGUACCAACUACCAUACCAUAAUACAACAUUAUAAGGCUGUAAAUACUCAAUAACUUAGAUGAAACAAAGGUUCUCAGCUUUAGAUAUAACCGCAAUUGGUGCGGAAUUGCGAGAGGAAAUUAUAGGUUGCCGUUUAAACAAUAUUCAUGAUCUGAGCUCGCGCUCAUUUUUAUUGAAGUUUGGCAAACAGGACAAGAAAUACUCUUUGGUCAUUGAAAGUGGAUUUCGCGUUCACUUGACAAAGUUCCAACGUGAAAAUGCCCAACUUUCUGGAUUCGUUUCAAAACUACGUAAACAUAUCAAAUCUAGGAGGCUAACAAACGUAUCACAGCUGGAUACUGACCGUGUUCUCGUAUUUACAUUCGGCGGAGGUGAAAAUGAUCAAGAUCCUUCAUGGACAUACUACCUUGUCUGCGAGUUUUUCGCAGCCGGAAACGUCUUAUUGCUUGAUGGCUCCCAUAAAAUUUUGAGUUUGUUACGCGUUGUUACAUUUGACAAAAACCAAGUUUAUGCUGUUGGUCAACAAUAUAAGCUUGACCAAAGUCGGCUAACGCACAAUGUGGGAAAUCAUCAAAAGAUGCCUCAGAUGACUUUUGAAAAAUUGACUCAAUUAUUGGAAGAAGUAGCUGAAACUUCCAAGGCUGAAAAGAAUGCAGCUUCCCAAAAACCAAAUGGCAAACAACCAAAACCCAUCACCUUUCGUAAAGCGUUGACAGUUCGUCUUGGUGAAUAUGGUAAUGCACUGGUUGAGCAUUGCAUUCGACAAUCAAAUUUGGAUCCUUUACUUCCAGCUGAUCAGUUAAGUGCAGAUGAAGACAAAAAGAAAGAAUUGCUUUCCGCUUUUCAAGAAGCAGAUGGUAUACUGUCUUCUAUGGUAAAACCACCUGUUAAGGGCUACAUAUUUUCUACUCAGCAAAGUGUCCUUGCUGAUCCCUCUGCUUCGAGCACGGAAGAGAAGAAGCAUGUACUCAUGUACGAAGAUUUCCAUCCUUUCAAGCCCCUACAGUUGGUGCAAGCCAAUCGUGUAUGUAGUGAAUUUCAUUCGUAUAAUGAAUGUGUUGAUGAAUUUUUCUCCUCUUUAGAGACGCAAAAAAUGGAAAAAAGAGCUCACGACCGUGUUAUGACCGCUGAACGUCGAAUUCAUUCAGCAAAAGAUGACCAGGAAAAGAAAAUUAAAGGCCUACAAGAAGUACAGCAAGUCUCAGCCUUAAAGGCUGAAGCUAUCGAAACAAACUCAGAGUUGGUAGAAGCGGUUGCUUCGUAUAUAAACAAUCUUUUGAAUCAGGGAAUGGAUUGGUUAGAUAUCGAAAAACUAAUUCAAGUUCAAAAAAGACGUAAUCCUGUUGCUGCUUGCAUAGUACUUCCUCUUAAACUAAAACACAAUUCUGUUGAUAUUAUGCUUCCAAAUCCCAUUGCAUUAUCAGAGUCAGCAGACGAUGAUUAUGAACUUUCAGAUGAAGAAGAGUUAGAGGCAGACUCUUCAGAGAAGCCUAAGCAAAACGUUUCAAAUGUUGUUGUCGAAAUUGAUUUGUCUCUAGGUGCUUAUGCUAAUGCUCGUAGACACUAUGAGAAGCGCCGCGAAGCUAUAGUCAAAGAGACGAAAACUUUGGAAGCUGCUUCGAAAGCUUUGAAAAAUACUCAAAAGAGGAUUGAGCAAGAUUUGAAACGUUCAACAAAUGCUGAACAUCAGAAAAUCCUUCCCACAAGGAAAGCGUUUUUCUUUGAAAAGUUUCAUUGGUUUUUUUCUUCUGAAGGAUACCUUGUCAUGGGAGGUCGGGAUGCUCAACAAAAUGAAUUACUGUUUACGAGGUAUUGUAAUGCAGGUGACGUCUUUGUAUGUGCUGAUCUACCGAAAUCUUCCGUAGUUAUUGUAAAGAAUCGAAACGCAAAUGAUCCUUUACCGCCAAACACCUUGCAACAAGCUGGGUCGUUAGCAUUAGCCUCUUCGAAGGCCUGGGACUCAAAGACAGUUAUCAGUGCUUGGUGGGUUCAGAUUGACCAAGUCUCCAAAACAGGAUAUGCAGGAGAUGUUCUCCCAGCAGGAAGUUUUGCUAUUCGAGGUUCUAAACACUACUUACCUCCAACCGUACUUACUAUGGGUUAUGGUAUACUAUGGUUAUUGGAUGAACAAAGUACUGAACGUCAUUGUAAAAAACGUGUCGAGUCAGAGGUACAAAAUACCGAGCAAAGAAUAUCCGAACUUAAGAUUGAUGAGGUUCAAGUGGAAGCUUCUCAACCAGGAGAUGUUUCAGUUUUGGAUACGCCAACCCUUAAAGAUUCUGUGGAUGAAGCAGCGUCCGAAAUUUCAAAAUCUCAAAACGUAUUUGAUCAUGAUGUCCAUAUUGUAAGUGAAAAAAGAGGUAAGAAGGGUUCCAAGCCUAUAACAGCUAAGAAGCCUUCCGCGAAAGAGAGAAGGGAAGUUCGUAAGCAAAAGAAGCAAACUGCGUUGGAGGAAGCCUCUAAGAAGCCAGUGUCCAUCGAAGAUGCGUCGGAUCCCCAAGCAAUUCUGGCUAUUUUGAAACAAAAGAAGAAACAGAAAUCUAGUGAUAUACCGUCACCACCAGAACCCAAAGUUGAGGAAGAGUUGGAAAUUCAAAAGGAAGAGAGCGAAACGAAUACAGAGGAUUUGGAUAAGAGUCUUGAGAAUACGUUUAAAGGGUCUAAAGAGACUGGAAGAAAUGAAAAGGAUAUCACAGAAUUAAAUUCACAGAGAACUGAGAAAAAGAAGAAGCAAACUACAAUUGAGCGUGAGGACAUGACUCAGGACUUGUAUGAAGAAAUGCUGUAUGCUCGUGAUGCUUUGACGCCAAGUCCGGAUGCUGAAGAUGUUGUUGUCAAUGCAGUUCCUACGUUUGCUCCUUAUAGUACGAUGGUUAGAUUUAAUCUAAAAGUGAAAGUUACGCCUGGAUCUGGAAAAGUUGGUAAAUCAGCUCGUGAGUCUAUUAACUAUUUUAUAAAAGCUCUUGGAAAACCUGCUUCGGACGAAGUGAAGAUUUUGGAAAAUCUGAAAGAUGGAGAAAUUGUUGCUCCAUUCAGUGUCAACCGGUUGCGCGUUGUGUUUGGGUCUGGCACAAACUCAAAGAAAUCUAAAAAAUAGAUAGUAUGAGUCAUUUUGAUCGUUCAGUUUUGUUUUCUUUAAUAUUUUGAUGAUGAUGAUAGAGUCUAAACAAAAAUUUUGAUAUACGAAGAGAAGCAUAAACAAUGUAUUUUUUACUAUAAAAGUAUUAUAACAAAACUAUAGAAACUCGCAUGUAGGAAAGAGUG